AUGACUUCAGGAGUUUUAGCUAAUUUUUGGGGGAACAAAAAUUUUGAGUUUGCUUGUGUGGAGUCGUCUGGGCAUUCAGGGGGCAUGGUUUGGAUGUGGGAUCCAAAAGUCUUGAAGAUUGAGGUUGUUCUCAAGAACAGGCAUUUUUUGCUCAUUAGAGGUUCGACUGUCGGCAGUGGGGAUCCCAUUAAUCUUCUUAAUGUUUAUGCUCCCCAGAACACGGUUGCGAAGAGGAACUUGUGGGAUGAGAUCUCUAGUGUCAUUGACUCGUCUGUCGGCGCGUGGGUUCUGGCAGGGGAUUUCAACUCGGUUAGCUCCGCGGAAGAAAGAAGACAUUCUAAAUUUAAACCGGUAUGUGCUAAUCAAUUUAAUGAGUUUAUUUUCAACAACGGGUUGUUGGAAUACCCUAUGCAGGGUAGGAGAUUUACUUGUGUUCGUGAUAACGGAAAAAAACUCAGCAAAUUGGACCGUUUUCUGGUAUGCUCGGAAUUUUUCAACAAGUGGCCUAAUGCUUGUGUGAGAGUCAUUCAGUGUUAUAAAUCAGACCAUAGCCCCAUCCUUUUAGAGCUUGUGGAUUUGAACUUCGGGCCUCGCCCGUUUCGGAUUUUCAAUUCAUGGAUUGAAAAGGCAGGUUUCGAGUGUGACAACCGGUAA